CUCCACCGUGCGUCAUGGGUAGCGGGAGCAGCAAAGACUUGCACAGUCGCCUGUUGCAGUCCAUCACUGAGCACGCGCAGGACGUCAACUGCCUGGCUGUGUCUGAGGACUUGAGCGUUCUUGUCACGGGGUCUGAGGACUGCACCGCUAGGAUGUGGAGUAUACGGCCUGCAGAAACUGCCUGCCUCGGCAUCAUGAAAGGCCACACGAAAUACAUAACGUGCAUCACCAUCACAGAGACGUUCGUCGUCACAGGGUCUAGCGACAAGACCAUCAGGAAGUGGGACAUGACCACCUGCGAGUGUGUCUACGUUUACAGGGGUCACACGUCGCGCAUUUAUCGACUUAUAUGCACGGGCGAGUUUAUCUUCUCGACGAGCAACGACAAAACCGCGAAGGCUUGGCUGCUCGACGAAAGCGACUUGGUCGAAGAUUCUGACGAAUGCGAUAAAAUGGAAAUAGCAGAGGAAAUGUGCAUCAGAACAUUCAGGGGUCACACCUUAGCCGUAUACCCGAUCAUUUACGUGCCAGCUGCAGACGACUGGGGAAAAGACGAAAUCACGAUCAAUCCUUUGGACGUGAUCAUCACCGGCAGCGCAGACAGCACGGCCAAGAUCUGGUCCUUUGAAGAAGGCACUUGCCUCAGGACGCUCACGGGUCACUUAGCUGGAAUAAUGUGCAUGGUGACCGACGCGUCCGCAACAACCCUCUACACGGGCAGCGCUGACAAGACCAUCCGCUCCUGGAACAUCCAGCGCGGCGAGUGUCUCAAG